AUGCCUUUGAUGGCGGCGCUAUUAGCAGGGGCUACCUCACUGCUAGAAGCGGCGGAAUUCAAGGCGAAGCCGGUGGUAGUAGUGGCAGAGCUGGUAGCAACACUAGCGCUGGAAGAAGCAGAGUUAGAGGAGCUCUUAGGGCUAGAAGCGGCAGAGCUAACUGAAGACCCAGUGGCAGCGACUGCAGAAACGGAGUACUCCCCAACACUAGAAACCACAGCAGCUGAGAGUAUCUCAUCUCUAGACAUAAUAGGGCCCGAGGAACCUUCUUUGCCAGAAGCCACGGGGCACCGUCACCGUCUCAGUGAGAGUAACAGAACCUGCGCCAGUUACCGUCACAGUCUUACUGCCGAACGUGAAGGUAGUGGGCUCAGGGCAGUAAGUAGUGAUCUCGGUAACAAUAACUGUAGACGUCGGACGCUGUUUGGUGAGAGUGCAUGGGCAGUCAGUCACCGUCAAAGUAGUUGCUUCGGUGAUGGUGUAGCAGUGGCCGUUGCCAGGGCAGAGUGUAGUGGGUUCAGGACAGUAAGUGGUGAACUCAGUGACAACGGUGGUAGAAACCGCCUCAGAACUGGACGAUUCAGCACUGCCAGUGGGAGCGACAGAGCCGCCGGGCGCACCAGAACCAGAGCGUGCACCAGAGCGCGUGGGUUUGACAGAGCCUUCUGGAGCACCAGAGCACGUGGGCUCAACAGAGCCGCUAGGCGAUCCGGAGCCGGAGUGAGCACCAGAGCCCGUGGGCUCAACAGAGCCGCCAGGAGAUCCAGAGCCGGAGUGAGCACCAGAGCCCGUGGGCUCAACAGAGCCGCCAGGAGAUCCGGAGCUAGAGGGACCACCAGAGCCCGUGGGCUCAACAGAGCCGCCAGGAGAUCCGGAGCUAGAGCGACCACCAGAGCCCGUGGGGGCAACAGAGCCGGAUUGGGUACCAGCACCAGAGUGGAUACCAGAGCCCGUGGGUUCGAUAGAACCGCCAGAAGAUCCAGAGCCGGAGUGAGCGCCAGAGCCCGUAGACUCAACAGAGCCGCCAGGAGAUCCGGAGCUAGAGUGAGCACCAGAGCCCGUGGGGGCAACAGAGCCGGAUUGGGUACCAGCACCAGAGUGGAUACCAGAGCCCGUGGGUUCGAUAGAACCGCCAGAAGAUCCGGAGCCGGAGUGAGCACCAGAGCCCGUGGGCUCAACAGAGCCGCCAGGAGAUCCGGAGCUAGAGCGACCACCAGAGCCCGUGGGGGCAACAGAGCCGGAUUGGGUACCAGCACCAGAGUGGAUACCAGAACCCGUGGGUUCGAUAGAACCGCCAGAAGAUCCAGAGCCGGAGUGAGCGCCAGAGCCCGUGGGCUCAACAGAGCCGCCAGGAGAUCCGGAGCUAGAGUGAGCACCAGAGCCCGUGGGGGCAACAGAGCCGGAUUGGGUACCAGCACCAGAGUGGAUACCAGAACCCGUGGGUUCGAUAGGACCGCCAGAAGAUCCAGAGCCGGAGUGAGCGCCAGAGCCCGUAGGCUCAACAGAGCUAGAGUGAGCACCAGAGCCAGUGGGCUCAACAGAGCCGCCAGGAGAUCCGGAGCUAGAGUGAGCACCAGAGCCCGUGGGGGCAACAGAGCCGGAUUGGGUACCAGCACCAGAGUGGAUACCAGAACCCGUGGGUUCGAUAGGACCGCCAGAAGAUCCAGAGCCGGAGUGAGCGCCAGAGCCCGUAGGCUCAACAGAGCUAGAGUGAGCACCAGAGCCAGUGGGCUCAACAGAGCCGCCAGGAGAUCCGGAGCUAGAGUGAGCACCAGAGCCCGUGGGGGCAACAGAGCCGGAUUGGGUACCAGCACCAGAGUGGAUACCAGAGCCCGUGGGUUCGAUAGAACCGCCAGAAGAUCCGGAGCCGGAGUGAGCACCAGAGCCAGUGGGCUCAACAGAGCCGCCAGGAGAUCCGGAGCUAGAGUGAGCACCAGAGCCCGUGGGGGCAACAGAGCCGGAUUGGGUACCAGCACCAGAGUGGAUACCAGAACCCGUGGGUUCGAUAGAACCGCCAGAAGAUCCAGAGCCGGAGUGAGCACCAGAGCCCGUAGGCUCAACAGAGCUAGAGUGAGCACCAGAGCCCGUGGGCUCAACAGAGCCGCCAGGAGAUCCGGAGCUAGAGUGAGCACCAGAGCCCGUGGGGGCAACAGAGCCGGAUUGGGUACCAGCACCAGAGUGGAUACCAGAGCCCGUGGGUUCGAUAGAACCGCCAGAAGAUCCAGAGCCGGAGUGAGCACCAGAGCCCGUAGGCUCAACAGAGCUAGAGUGAGCACCAGAGCCCGUGGGCUCAACAGAGCCGCCAGGAGAUCCGGAGCUAGAGGGACCACCAGAGCCCGUGGGCUCAACAGAGCCGCCAGAAGAUCCGGAGCUAGAGCGACCACCAGAGCCCGUGGGGGCAACAGAGCCGGAUUGGGUACCAGCACCAGAGUGGAUACCAGAGCCCGUGGGUUCGAUAGAACCGCCAGAAGAUCCGGAGCCGGAGUGAGCACCAGAGCCAGUGGGCUCAACAGAGCCGCCAGGAGAUCCGGAGCUAGAGGGACCACCAGAGCCCGUGGGGGCAACAGAGCCGCCAGGAGAUCCGGAGCCAGAGUGAGCGCCAGAGCCCGUGGGCUCAACAGAGCCGGAUUGAGCACCAGAACCAGAGUGGGCACCAGAACCCGUUGGUCCGACAGAGCCGCUAGGAGAUCCAGAACCAGAGUGUGUGACAGAGCCCGUGGGAGCAACAGAACCGGAUUGAGCACCAGAUCCAGAGUGACCACCAGAGCCGGUGGGUUCAACAGAGCCACCAGCAGAUCCAGAACCAGAGUGAACACCAGAGCCGAACCGCUAGAAGAUCCAGAGUCAGAAACCGCCAGACGAUUCAGAGCCAGAGUGAACACCGGAGCCUGUGGGUUCGACAGAGCCUCCAAGGGUAGCAGAUCCGGAGUGAGCACCAGAGCCCGUGGGCUCAACAGAGCCGGAUUGAGCACCCGACACAGAGGUGCCGGAGACAGUAGCAACGACAGAGCCAGAGAGCGCACCAGAGACAGAAGCGCCGGAGCCACUGGGAAUGGCAGAGCCGGAAUGAGCACCGGAGCCAGAAGCGCCGGGGCCACUAGGAGUGCCAGACCCAGAGCGAGCGCCAGAUCCAGAGGGGGCGACAGAUCCCGAUUGAGCACCCGAACCAGAAACACCGGAACCACUAGGAGCAACAGAUCCAGAUUGAACGCCGGAGCCAGAAGCGCCGGGGACACUAGGAGCGACAGACCCAGAGCGAGCGCCAGAUCCAGAGGGGGCGACAGACCCCGACUUAGCACCGGAGCCAGAAGCGGCGGAACCACUAGGAGCAACAGACCCAGAUUGGGUACUAGAUCCAGAUUGAGCGCCGGAGCCCGAAACGCCAGAACCACUAGGAAUGACAGAGCCGGACUGCGCACCGGAGCCAGAAGCGCCGGACCUGAAGCGCCAGAACCACUAGGAGUCCCAGACCCAGAGCGAGCGACAGACCCAGAUUGGGUACCAGAGCCAGACGAGCCCGAGCCAGAAGCGCCGGAGCCACUAGGAGCGACAGACCCAGAGCGAGCGCCAGAUCCAGAGGGGGCAACAGAUCCCGACUGCGCACCGGAGCCAGAAGCGCCGGAGCCACUAGGAGCAACAGACCCAGAUUGGGUGCCAGAACCUGAAGCGCCUGAGCCAGAAGCGCCCGAACCACUAGGAAUGCCUGAAGCACCGGAGCCACUAGGAGUGCCAGACCCGGAGCGAGUGCCAGAUCCAGAUGGGGCGACAGAUCCCGACUGCACACCGGAGCCAGAAGCGCCGGAGCCACUAGGACCUGAAGCACCGGAGCCACUAGGAGUGCCAGACCCGGAGCGAGUGCCAGAUCCAGAUAGGGCGACAGAUCCCGACUGCGCACCGGAGCCAGAAGCGCCGGGGCCACUAGGAGUGACAGACCCUGAGCGACCAGAAACGCCGGAGCCACUAGGAGCAACAGAUCCCGACUGCGCACCGGAGCCAGAAGCGCUGGAGCCACUAGGAGAAACAGACCCAGAUUGGGUGCCAGAACCUGAAGCGCCGGAGCCUGAAGCGCCGGAGCCACUAGGAGCGACAGACUCAGAGCGAGCGCCAGAUCCAGAGGGGGCGACAGACCCCGAUUGA